AAUUUAUUCGACAAAGAGACCUCGUCCAAAAAUGAACCCAAUAAGCUCAUCAAAAUUAAAUAGGAAACUGGCAAGUAGACCCUUCCUAAAUGAAGGCCUACCUGCCAGAAAGUCUAUCGGUUGCCUCUUUCUUGGCAUAAUACUUGGAGUUUUUUUAGCCGGAAUAAUCUUCUACUCGUUGAUGAACGAAGACUGCCGGAAAAGUUCAAGGAAUAUAAUGAGCAUUAUUGGAUUGGAAAUACCACAAAACAAAAACUCUACAUCGAAAUUGGAUACUGCCGCAAAAAAGUUAGAAGAGAAUAGCGUAGCGGUUACAAAAUUGAGCAUAGAAGGUACACAAGAAUCCCCUGAUGAAUUUAAUAAAACUGAUAAUAACUCCUAAGUUGCAAUGCCUUAA